AUGAUUUUUCCAAGAUUCGGUGUACCAAGGACUGUUGCCACAUCUAGAAAGGAUUGGUCAACUAAGUUACACGAAGCAUUGUGGGCGUAUAGAACCGCCUACAAGACACCAAUAGGAACCACGCCCUUCAAAUUAGUGUACGGUAAAUCUUGUCAUUUACCGGUAGAACUAGAGCAUAAAGCCUACUGGGCCAUAAAAACCUUAAACUUAAGUUACACCGCCGCAGGCGAAAGGAGGCUAUUAGAUAUCAACGAGUUGGAGGAAAUUAGAUUGGAUGCUUACGAGAAUGCUAGGAUUUACAAAGAAAGAACAAAGAAGUGGCACGAUAAACACAUCUCAAGGAAGGAAUUCAAUGAAGGAUAUGUGGUGCUAUUGUUUAAUUCUAGACUUAAGCUCUUUCCAGGAAAACUUCGUUCAAGAUGGUCUGAUCCAUUCGAAGUUACCAAAGUAUUUCCGAGUAGCACUGUUGAUAUUAAAGGAAAAUCGAGCGAUAGCUUCACUGUAAACGGGCAGCGAUUAAAACAUUGCCACAUUGUUGAAAACAAGGACUAUACUGAUAGUCUUAAGCUCGUAGAAUCAAUCGUCGAGUCGAAGAACUAA